CGGCCUCCUAAGACCGUGAACAUGCACCACAAACCAUGAACAUCGAGCAGUCCAGCGAGGUUCGUGAAGUUACUGACGACAAGGCAGUUCACGGUCUCUAAGACCGUGAACUGGGGACAUUGACCGUGAACCCAAGCGAGUGAAGCGGCGCGUUUUGGACGACGCUGAUUUCACGAACGCUUUUAGGUGUUCACGGCCAUGAAUUGGACAACGCGUCCGUGAACUGAUUGCUUUCGGGCAAAUAUGAAGACAACAGCGAGGAGAGAGAAAGGAGAGCUGGUUUUUGGAGAAGACACACUUUCUUUCUCUAAGGUUUCAACCUAAAACACCAAAGGGGAGUUCUAGUGAGAGUGAGAGAGAGAGAGAGAGAGAGUGCUAGAGUGAUCUUGGAGCAUAAUUGGAGGCUUGGGUGGAAGAUUCAAGCCUAGAAGAAGAAGAAGAUCUUGAGCUCAAAGUUGUAACCCCUCUCUCCCUCUCUAGAACCUCACUCUUUUCUCUUGGGUGUUGUAGAUCCCUAACUAAUACUUUGUAAUUACUUGUUUAGAUUGAAUGAUUAAGUGUGGGUUUGCAUCAAUUUGAGUAUUAGAGGUGUUUUCAUGGUGAUUGUGCAUGCUCGUGCGUAGCAAUCUAAGGGUUGUGGAUAAUUGUGCUUAGCACCCUUAGGUUUGUGCAUGUUGGUGCUAGCAAUCUAAUUAGCCACCUUAGCCUAGCUUAGAGAGUAAAAUCCACCUUCCAAGGGAGACUCAAUCAAGUUGGUUUUCCUUCCGCUUUCUAAGCCACCUAAACUUGGUUAGGUUAGGGCAACCCUCAAUAUUGAGUUAAGCAAGUCGAUUAAUCGCGAUUAAGUCAUCCGACCUUAGAGUUGAGUGAGGGAGUAAGUCAACUACCGAUUGUCUAAACCGAGAGGGUCAAGUGACACAACCUUUCAUGCUUACCUCAGUUUAGCAAUUGAGAUUGUGGUCUUCGACCACAUAUGCAUCCCUCUGAGGUUCGCGUUUACCAGUUUGCAUCUAGGUUAGUUGUGAUUAAGCAGCUCAAACUCCGUUUUGAGGGAGAGACCUAGGCAACCACUAGUGAGCGAGCGAGAGGAUCGAUCCCGUGACAAAUCGACCUCCAGUGAAUCCAUCCCGUGACAAAUGGAUCACUAGUUGCUCCUCCUAGUGGUUCCCCUAGACUUGGUGAGUGGAUCGAUCCCGUGACAAAUCGAUCGCUAGUGAAUUGAUGUCGUGACAGAUUGAUCACUAGUUGCUCACCACCCGCGGUUCACAACCACCCAUGCCACACGACUCCCUUCAAUCCAACGAUUCACGAUAGCUAGUUAGGGGGAAGCAAAUCUUGGGUGAAGCUCCCUUAGUUAGAAUUUUCCUUUAUUUACCUUUCUUUGCUUGGUUAGUUUGUAGUUCCAAUAAACCUAACCCCUAAAGUUGCUUGCUAGAUAACAACUUAAUCGAUCGAAGUAGGGGUACAUGGCCCGACCCGGGUUGACAAUUUAAAUACUUGCUCUAUACUGCACCCGGCUAGAGUUUAAAAACUUGGGCUCUAGUCGGGAUUAAUUUGUGGUGUAGUUUCGUGCGAGUCAAGUUUUUUACGCCGUUGUCGGGGAAGCGGUCCAUUAUUUUGAAAAGGUCGCUUAGUGUUAAUCUAGCAUUUUCUAUCUUGCCUUUUUGUUUGUGUUUUGUGUUGUGUUUUGUUUACCCACUCUUCAUCUUGAAGGGUGGUUUGUGUUUGUUUGAUUUUGUUUUUGUGUUUUUGUUUGUGUAGGUUAUGAAUCAUGGAUCCCAAUGGCUUCUACAAUAGGUGGGGGUAUCCACAACCACCCGAAUGGGGGUACCCCGGAGCUUCAUGGAGUGAACAAGAAGGGGGAAGCAUGUGCACAACUUUCUCACAAUCGCCUACCACCAUUGGAAGAAAGAGAGGAAGUCAAAGAGGCAAGCCAUGAUGAUUUUGGAAGAAUGAGCUCCGACAUGGAUUUCCAACCCCUCCCUCCUCCCGGUUUGACACUAGAAGAGAAAGCGACACGAGCCUGUGAAAGCAUUCGCCUCUCAUUAUUGGAGGAGAAAGAGGAGGUUGAAGGGGCGCUCAAUGACAACAGUUUCAAGCAAGAGGAACUCACCUCAGAGAGCUCCCGUGGUGAGGAUGAACAAGAAGGUUGCAUUGAUGACUCCCAUCACUUUCCCCUUCGCUAAAGCAAUUUGAAGACCAAGACACGAGUGAGGAGGAGCAAGAGAAUCACUUCUAUGACUUUGUAUUGCAUUUUGCCCUCAAAUUCGUGCUUGAAGAGAUGAACGGGAAGGAGGAAGAAGUGGUUGAAGAGGAGGAAGUGAGCAUUGACGAGGAGGAAGAUCUUGGGUGUUCCCAAUGGGAGGAAUCAAAUUUUUAAGAAGGAAGGGAGGUUUAAGAUAAAGAAGAAGGUGCAAGUGGAGUCCAAGAUGAGGACAAGGUCGAGAUGGAUGAAGCAUCCACAAGUUACGAGGGCUAUGAAAGCUUUCCACCCGACCUUGAUGCGCUUUUGGAGAAGGAUCCGUUUGUGGCUCUUUGCCAAGUCAAGGCCAAACCAUCGGCGAUCCCUCUUGGUGUAUGCGUUGGAAACCAAUCGAGUUUGCACUACAUGGUAUGGGGCAAAGAGAAGAAAUAAGAAGGAAAAAAGAAGAGGCCUCGUGGGUGGAGCCUCAAAGUCGAUCAAGUUCACGAGCCCUCAAUCAUGGAUUCGUUCAAUGCUCGGGACUAGAGACAUCACCUCACCGAAGAGAACCUCAACUUCAAGGAGGUUCUUGGGUGGACCAAAACUUGAAGAGCAACCGUCUAGCUCAAGACGUUAAAGAAGCGCUUGGUGGGAGGCAACCCAACCAUCAACGGUUUGCAUCUCCUGUCCUUUCAAUAAGACGACCAAUGAAGAUAUUUUGGUGGUGUUUUGCCAUCUCCUUGAUCUUCCGGAUCUCACCCGCCCUCCACUCCCGAUCACCAUCAUUCACACCUUGACCAGUAACAUCGUUUUACCCCUUAUUUUACGCUAUUGAGGGCAAUGUCGAGCUUAAGUGUGGGGGGUAGUCUAUUAUGCAUGUGUGUGUGAAUGUUUGGUGUAAUUCUGAAUGAUUGGAGCCUAGUUGUAUGCCGAAAUUUUCAAAAUUUAAGGGCUCCAAGCAUAACAACUUCUACAUUUGCAUGAUCAUAGUGGCAUAUUGUGGUGAUUUGUUUUGAAUCUCGUGGUUAUUAGCAUUGUCUAUGGAUGAUUUGCCUGAGAUUAUGUGCAACAUAUGAUGACGACUGAUACUUGUAUUAGGUUUGUGCAUAGGUUCUGAUAGGGUAUCCUAGUAACUAAAGAAUUAAUACCAUAACUAAUGACAUGGAGAAGGAAAGAAGACAAGAGGAAAAAGACAAGGCUGGGAGACAAGAGACAAGGCCAGGCACCUGACAUCAGCAAGGACAAGGGGCAGGGGGACACCCUCUGUCAAAAAGGACUAUGUACAGUGUCAGAAGGUCUGAGGCGCCCGACCAUAGCAUUUAUGGCUUGGCAGGCGCCCAGACCACUACCUAACCCCCAAAUGUGUAUAAAUAGGAGUUCUCUCCUCAUAAAUGGCAAUCUAUCUACUCUUACUAUUACUUCUCUCUACUUUCUCUCUCUAUACACUUCUUCUCUUUUCUUGCUUCUGACGAGGCGGGGCGCCUACCCCCUCAAAGUCAUGGCUGACGCCCCAAACCCCUUGGACCCGAGUGACGCCCAGUCGCCCGGGCUCAAACAAUUGGCGACCACCAUGGGGCCAAGCAUGACUUUGAAAGACUCUUCCAACUCAAAGAAGGGGGAAGAAAGAAGUCCGGCACCAACGAAGACCCCUCUCAAGCAAGUGGUUGGUCGUGAAGCGAUCAACCCCCAACCGCUCACCAUCCAAGCCUUAGAAGCGUCCGACGACGACGACCCAUCAGGAGACGGAGAAGGCGCGGAGCGCCUGGAGAGCCAACUAGCGGAGCUUCGAAAAAAACAAGCACUUCAAA